UGCGGCCCCUAUCCAGGAUAACUGUAAAUCCGUGACAAAGAAAGAGAGAGACAGUAAAGAAAGGAAGAGAUAGAGUAAAAGACAGACCUUGGACUGACCGCGAACAGAGUAGCUAAUCGAUCUCUGAACUUCGCGAACAUCGUGUAUGAUCGUAAAUAGUGACUAUUGGAACAGUGAUCCAAGAAAAACUUCGUUUUGUUAAUAUUAUUAAUAUUAUUAACAAUAUCAUCAUAGAUUUUUUUUUCUUUCGAAAUGAAUUUUAAUAAGGAAUGCUAUGUCUAACUUGCAUUCGGAUCAUUGACAUUGGACGAACAUUUGGAAUUCUGUUUCGUUACCGAAAGUGAAACGUUUGCCGCAAUCGCAGUUUUUAAAACAGACAGUGAUUGGCUGAUUAUUAACUUGAAAAAGACUCGAGAAGUGAUUAUUUGUGCGAUUGAUGGUUCUGAGGAAUGCUAUUGAAAUCGGACGUGGGAAUGGUGGCGUGAAACAACAAAGCAAAAGUCACGUUAGCACGCGUAAACGUACAUCAGGAUGCCAAAAAUCUUCCUGAUCAAAAAUCGGCUGCAUCAGCAGCAACUGAGGUUGCUGGAAGCGCAGCACCUUGGAAAAAGCCCGCCACUCUGUAGUGGUAAAGAAAGUCCUCUUGGCAGUACCGAACCUCUCAGUCUUAUUGUGAAUAAACAUCAAUAUCGCGAGAAAACGGAUGAUGAUCGUGCGACGACCCCGGAAUCGCUUCGCAGUAGCAGUCCGGCUUCGUCUCCGCCCCCUCAAUGGCAGUCGACAAAUACUCCGGCUAAUACGCCACCUAGACGAUUUAUCUCGAGUAUCCUCGGUGGAGAUAUCCCAUAUGGAAGCAGAGGUCAUGUUUUAACCAGGGCGGAGCGCAAGGAAUACAGCAAUCCCCCAAUUGCGCCCUCUUCUAGUGAUGCUACACAAUUCCUUACGAAAUCGGAAAAAUUGGUAUUGCCUAGACCAAGCACUCCUCCAAAAACGCCUAGAGUCGAACCACCCACACGGGUCUCAGUCAUUCAAAGGGUUCCUUCCCAAAGUCAAUCUGCAUCGAGAAGAGAAGAUAAGAUCGAAGUGCCACAAACUCAAGAACCAGAACAAGAGCAACCUAUCGAUUACGCUGUGCCGAAGAGAAAGGAAGAGGACGAAGAGCGAGGCCGCGAAGGCGCAAAAGUGUCACGCGCGAUAGGUAACUCGAUUGCCAGGCCUCUCCUGGCCAUGAGACUGUCCGGUCCCCAAGUGGUCCACGCAGCCGCCGGUCACGGAAGAUCGUCUAAUUCCGGUGGAAACGGCAGUUCCGGGUCCAGCAGCAGCUCCAACAACUCGGGCAGUUCCUCCUCUUCGAAUUCAGGCGGAAGUGGCAGUUACUGUGGAGGAGGAGCGGCCACAGGCGGUAGCGGAGGUGGUGGUGCUGUGGGCGGAGGUGCUGGCGGUGGAAUGAAUCCUGGAGGAAACGGUGGCCGUGGAAAUUACGGGCCAAGUUCACCGCCCACUGGUUCUUUGCCGCCGUUCUACGAAUCCCUUAAAGGCGGCAAUAAUCUGGCGAAUUUUGCGAAUCAGUAUAACAGUACUCAAGGAAAUGGAUACCUGACACCAUCACCAACAGUAGGGAUGGAAUGCGACACCGGUCAGCAGGACGUGAACUCACAGCAUUCCCAAUAUAAUGCUCAAGAAGGCAAGCAAUACUCCCUAUUGCAAAAUGUCUGCGCCUCGUACGGUUUAACGUUGAAGGAGGAAGAAGAUUUAUCACCGUACAAAAUUCAAGCGAAUGAUCUGUUAUCCGGUCAAUAUGGCGCAUAUGACAUGACUGAUACGGGAAUGAUGGUAGAUAUGGUGACUGGCGCAGUGGUGGAUCCUCUUCAAUUCACUGCUACUCUAACGUUUAGUUCACCCUCCGAUCAUACCGCCCUCUUAGAAAGUCUAAGUGACGCUGCUGAUCUCUUCCUACCGAGAUUACCGGCUGAAGAUGGUAGCAAUGAUCUUUUAGAAGAAUCGUUACAUUCACCAGCAUCAGCUGGAAGUGGAAUUGGUCAAGAUAAUGGACAAAUGACCACUCCUGUAGAACCAAGUGUUGACCCUUUCCCAGAGCACAGCAUGGCUUUGACUAGAAGCUUCGAUACAUCGAGGCACUACACGGCAGCUCCUCAACAUUUCAGCACUUCGAAAUUAGGACUAACUUAUGCUACGGGAGAAUCGAGUUAUCAAUCCGUUUCAAAAGAACGACCCGAACUCGCGCUUCACAUUAAUCAAAAUCAUCAACACCAAUCCGAACCACAGCUGCAACAAUUGCAGAUACAGGUGCAGUUGCAGCAACAACAACAGCAGCAACAAACAACAUCCACUUCACCUCAUCAACAACAACAUCAAGGAUUACUCAGUCCGGGAUUAAGCUUCACCGGUAGUGGUCUGGAACUAGAUUCAGGUAGUAGUGUGGGUGGAAGUUUACCAAGUCCCGGAGCAGCGAGCUGUUCGUUAGACGCUGCUUCUACUAGUACGUCGCCAUCUUGCGCUUUAAUGGAGCAUGCGCCUAGCCCAGCAGCCACUGUAUCUUCGGCAUCGGUAAAUACUGUGCAAUCAACAGGUCCAACUGGAGAACCACCACUGACGCAACGGGUCGGUGUACUGCAGCAAAGGCUGGGGUUACCUGGUGACUGUCAGUUGGAGUUCGUGAACGGUGGCCACGGAAUUAAAAAUCCACUCGCGAUUGAGGGUCAGAGACAGGCAGCAGCUAAUCGUGAGGAAGAGAGAGCAGCUCGACCUCCGCCUGGCAAGGACGACGAUCCAAAUCGUUUCACGUGCCGUGUGUGCAGCAAAAAUUUCAGUCUGCAACGAUUGUUGAAUCGCCACAUGAAAUGCCACAGUGAUGUGAAACGUUAUUUAUGCACAUUCUGUGGUAAAGGUUUUAAUGAUACGUUUGAUUUGAAGAGGCAUACUAGAACACACACUGGGGUUCGACCAUAUAAAUGCAAUCUCUGUGAAAAGAGCUUUACCCAGAGAUGUUCCUUGGAAAGUCAUUGUCUUAAAGUUCAUGGUGUUCAGCAUCAAUAUGCGUAUAAGGAACGUCGAACAAAGGUAUAUGUAUGUGAAGAAUGUGGUCACACAACACAGGAGCCAGAGGUUCACUACCUACAUUUGAAAGAUAAACAUCCAUACAGCCCGGCUUUGUUGAAAUUUUACGAUAAGCGACAUUUCAAGUUCACCAACAGCAAUUUCGCCAACAUGUUGCUCCAGGGUGGCCUGUUGCAACGGGACUCGCGGAAUACGGACAGCUGCGUAAAAUCAGCCUCGAAAAACCUUGAAGCGCCACUUCAACGCUCCUCAACAUUGUUGCAUCUGGGUCGAGCUUCCAGUUUCUGAUGACUAAUACGAAAACUGACUGGGAAGAAGAAAGAAGAAAAAUGGCGAAAUGGAGGAAAGAAGAGCCGGCUCUGAUUUUAGAAGAACUCGAUCUAAAUGUCAUCGAAUCCCGAAGUAAACGUCGCGCGAAAAGUACCUGUAGGUGGCUCCCCUUUAGCGGUGACACAUAACAGCAUCGAGGGCCAAUGACGAUCAGAUUUAUAUUAACAAAUUCUAAAAAAAUCUAUAUAAGAUUUAAACAGACUCGUGACUUUCAAACCUAGACGAAAAACGAAAGAGCAUAUUUGUAUACACAGUAUUGCGCUACCGAGUACAUACACGAUCUUUUUUAGAUUUUACCGAUCUUAAGUUUAUAUAUAUAUAUAUGUACACGCGUAUAUGUAUAGACUAUGAUAUAUAUUUUAGAUUAUAGAAAAAAACACAAGUCAGUCGUAAAGAAUUACACCUGAAAACUCGGAUUGAACGUUUCAGGAAUGAUGAUUAUUUCUUCUCGUUGAUAAGAUUUUUUUGCACGAGAUGGGAUUGACCAAUUGAUUUUUUCGAACGAUUUUUUUUUCUUUUUAGCGAUGCACGGCAAGUUACGUUGCUUUCCGACUUAGAAGGUGAAAAAUUAUGUAGAAAUAUCUGAUAUUAGAGAUAUUUCAGAGAUAUGUCAGAUAUUUCUCAAAUUUUUGUUACACCGAGAUAACGAUACUUCUUUGAUGAACAUAUCGUGUCUCGAAGUAAUUGUUUCUUAUUUUUAAUCGUUGCGUUCCUCGUUUUGACUGAUGCGUUCGGGGAAAUAUAUUGCGGAAAUGAAUUUUUUUUUUUAGUAGAUGACUAAUGCACCUUGGGAAAUCUGUGAUAUAAGACACGAUUUUACUCAUUACUCCAAGAUUUCGCUUUUUGCACUUUGGUUCUUUCAUGGGGUACGCACCGAUAUAAUGGAGUGAGAUUACACACAUAAAUAUACAUUUUUUUGAAUUCACAUUAAACAAUAAUUGAUAUUUUUUUAUUGUUUUUGACUUCAAUACGAUUUGUACUUUUAAAGUAUCAAAAUUUUUAUUAAAAAAAUUAAGCAAAAAGAGUACAUUUACAAAUAUUUAAGGCUUCCACUUAAUAUAUAAU